UGUUAAGAGCAACUAAAGUCUUUAGACAUUUAUUUCCAGCUGAAAUUGAGAAAGAGUUAGCUCAGAUUGUAGCUUAUGAAAGAUAUGAAGAUGGACGCCAUAUUACUUAUCAAGACAAGGAACCAAACAUGUUCUAUUACGUCCUGAAUGGCAGAAUUCAAAAGUUACGUGAAUAUCAAUUAACUUCCGGAUGUGUUAAUAAAUGCAUGGGAUAUUUAAAUAAAGGCAUGACGUCAAAUACAGAUGACCUAAUUAAAAACCGACCAAGAGAAUAUCAUCUAGUAGCUAAAGGUCCUGUAGAGGUUUUAAUAUUACACAGAGAAGAUUUUAUGCGACUACAAAAUACUACUCACGGCCCUCCAGUGGACUUCCUUAAAACCGUUGAUUUAUUUUCGGAAUUUCCAUGUGAAGAAUUUUUAUCUCAUCCUGAUGCUAUAGAAUAUAGAUAUUACGGACAGAAUAAAAUAAUAGCUAAAGAUGCUUUAGAUACACCUUGGAUACAUGUUAUUAAAUCAGGUGAAGUGAAAGUAGUUAGAAUACAAUAUGUUAUAGAUGUCAGUAAUGAUUCUAUAUUUGAAGGACAAACAACAGAAGAAUUAGGGUGUGGUCGUUCAUUCAGCCAUGCUUCAGCUAUGCUAGGUGUUUUAGCAAAACAAAGACAAUUAAAGUUACAAACUUUGAAAGAAAACGAACAAGAGUGUGACAUUUCUGAAAGCCAAGAAACGCAGAACAUGAAAAUGGUGCAUAAAAAAGUUUUACCGCCAUGUAGAGAAAUAUUACCGGAUAUACCACAGAUCUGUGUUCAGGGGGAGAUAACUCUACCUAAUAUACGCAGACAUAAUAAAGACGUCCAGGCGAUGGAUGAUAGUAUAGAUAUCUCUGGAAAAAUAUCUCGAUCUAAAAGUGUUUCAUUGCCACCAAUCGUGCAGGCCAGCAUAGUUGCCCCGCGCGUGGGCGAAGGUUUUCAUCCGCAUGGUACGUUCUUAACUAGAGAAAAAACCGACAACGAUGUUGUUUAUAGUAAGGGGAAUAGAAAGAAAGAACAGACACACAGACGGGCAUAUUUACAACUGGAUACACUCUCUGCUGGUGAUAUAUUUGGAUUGGAAACAUUAGAAACAUCAAAUGAUAUAUUUAAUGAAGGUCCAGCGGUCAGUCUUAUGAGUGAUGGUGCUGAAGUUGUCAAAAUAAGUAAAAGAUUUUUUCUACAACAUGCUCAAAAUAAUACAAUACUCAAAGUAGAAACAAUGCAAAGACAGUUUUUGACAACAGAAGAAGUCAAAUCUAUAUUAUAUGAUCAAGAAACAUGGACACAAUAUAAACAAAUAUUAAUGCAAAGAUUAACAACAGCUCUUAGUCCUAGAAAAUCACACGUAUCACUUGGCAGUUAAAAUUUGCUAUUUGAAUAUUGAAUUCUUCCGUCCAUUUUUUCUUAAAGGUGACAUGAAAUAUCGUGACAUUUUUAUUUUUCACUCGUGAACUUACAAUCUCAUUAAAGCUAUCGCGAACCUACAAAAAGGAGUACGUCUUAAAGCUAUCGUGAGCUAUUCUUUAUAUCUAACGGUGAUUACAGCUUUUGGCAACCCUGAAUAAGUAGUAUUAAGUACGUGCUAUUUACAUCAUACACCCCAAUAUAAAACAUACUCUGGUAUAUAGAAUUUUCAGGAUAGCUUUAAGUUUUAAAUUUGAAAGGACUAAAGAUAAGUAUUAAGACUUAAGUGGUGUAUAAAUCGUCCAGCCAAGUUUUAAAUUUGCCAGGGAUAAAUAUUAGGAAUUAUUUGAGGUAUAAUUUGUUUAGUAUUCUGUUGAUGUAUAGUUUUCGUUUAUAUUUAUUGCCAUUACGGAUGUUUGUUUAUAUCUUUUGCUUAAAGAGGUAUUAUGGAGAUAAAGAGUUGACAAUUCUCGCUAUAAUAGUUAAAAAUAGAUCAUGUAAAUAGAAUAUGCUGAAAAUUUCAGUCAAAUUCCCCAACUUUGAACCGAAAUAUUUUGAAUUUUAGGCUAGCCUCGAUCAUCAUUACUAAAGUCGGUACAAUAAAGAACAAAGUCUAGGUUAUCCAAUUUUACGUUUCAUUAUUUUUUUAAAAAAAAAUGUACUCCAAACCGCUAAAUUUUGCAGGCUAGCGAUGACAUCGAGGGUUGAUUAUAGUCUGGAUAAGUUAAUUAAUGUCUAAUUAAUAAUUGAGAUAACAUUUCAGGCCUAAGGAAAGUCCUGCAAUAGGUAGAUUUAGCUCUUGCAUAAUGUAUGUUUAACCAUUAUUGUCUGUGAUAUUUAUUAUAUUCUUCUUUUAUAGUGCAUAAAAACUACCAUAUUUAUU